UCAGACACAGCCUGUGGGUUCAGAGUCCGGGGAGAGGACACUGUGUGCACCAACAACAAGAACAUGGAGCUGAAGAAACUGGCCCUCAACGCGUUUGCACAAAACAAGCAAGCCGCUCUGCUGAUCGGAGGAGCCGGCGUGGCUUUUCUGGGACUCGGUCUCGGUUAUAAAUACCUGCGAAAGCCAGAAAAAGUAGUCCGUGUGGGCGUAGUGUCUCAACUCCUCAUUCAUCCUCUAAAGUCUGGCAGAGCCGUGUCUGUUCCCCUGGCGGAGUGCCUCCAAAUCGGCUUGAAGUUUGGAGAGCUGCAGGAUCGACACUGGCUGGUGGUGACGGAGGACGGCCACAUGGUGACGGGCCGACAGCAGCCCCGCCUGGUGCUCGUCUCUCUGACCUGCGAGGGCAGCUAUGUGUGUUUGAACGGCCCGGACAUGGAGGAGCUGCGAUUCCCCGCCAAACACCCCGACAACGAUACCAUCGACUGCAGAUUGUUCGGAGCAGACACCCAGGGUAGGGACUGCGGAGAGGAGACGUCCCGCUGGCUCACCCGCUUCCUGGGGGAGGAGAAGACCUUUCGCUUGGUGCACUUUGAACCCCAGAUGAAAGGGAGGAUGUCGCAGGAUAUCGAGCCUCUCCUCCCUCCGUUUGAGUUGGCGUACUCUGACUUGGCUCCUGUGAUGCUCCUGUCCGAGGCCUCAGUGCAGGAUCUGAGCAGCAGGCUGGAGAACGACGUCACGGUGAAGCGCUUCCGCCCCAGCAUCGUGAUCAGUGACUGUGAGGCCUUCGAGGAGGACUCGUGGGAAGCGAUCCAGAUUGGCAGCGUGAGGCUGCAGCGUGUGAUGUCAUGCGGACGGUGUCUCUUCACCACCGUUGACCCUGAAACAGGUGUAAUCACCAGGAAGGAGCCUCUGGAGACCCUGAAAAGCUACCGCCUGUGCAAACCCUCGGAGAAGCACCUCUACAAAUCCUCUCCGCUGUUCGGUCAGCUGCACACGGUGAAGCAGACGGGGGUCCUGCAGGUCGGAGACGUCGUGUACAAGAUCAGCCGCUGAAGCAGGCGGAGGGAAGCACACGGGAACUGUUAACACUAUCGCUGAAUGAUCGCGGUGCUAAUCCUCUCCGAAGAAGCACUCACGUAGAGGUCGCCGCAAAGGAGCCGCAGAGAUGAUCCUUUCCAUGGUGCUGUGACUCUUCUUGCAGUGAUUAUUCAGAAUGUGACUGCAUGUGAUUGUAAGUUCUUUUGUAACACUAACGGUGCUUGAAUGAAAGAGUACUUCCA